ACCCAGUGACGCACGGGGCACACGUCACGCAUGCCCCGUAUGAGCGCGCGGUAAGCCGCCAGCUGUGGAGGGUGUGGCGUGGAGAGGGAAUCACGAAUCACGAAUCGUGCAGACAUCUGUAUCGCUCGAGACGCCCGCGUGAGCCCGCCCGCGUAAGCGUCGCUGGCUCUUUCUCACCACCAUCUCUGCCUCGCUACUGUUCACGCGAUUUCCAAACAUUUCAUAGCAUACAAUAUGGUCUACACUAUUGAUUUGACUGGCGGCACAGUCGUCGUGACUGGCGGCAACCGCGGUAUAGGAUACGCCAUCUCCGAGGCUGCGGCGAGCGCAGGUGCCAACAUUGCCAUCCUCUUCCACUCUCACCCCAAGGCCCACGAAGCAGCCGAGACUCUCGCCAAGAAGCACGGCGUCAAGGUCAAGGCUUACCAGGCUGACGUUGGCGACUCGAAGCUCGUCAAGGAGACGAUCGACAAGAUCGAAAAGGAUCUGGGCACUCCCAUUACCGGUCUGGCCGCCAACGCUGGUGUCUCCGUCGUCAAGCCUGCCACGGAGCUCACUACGGAGGACUUUCACAAGGUGUUCAAUGCCAACGUGCUCGGAGCUUUCAACGUUUCGCAAGCUGUCGCUCAGUACUGGAUCCAGAGGCAAAAGAAGGGAUCCAUCGUCAUUACAAGCUCCAUGAGCUCCAACCUCUACAACCAGCAAGGACCCAAUGAGCCCCUGACUCAGAUCUUCUACAACUCGUCAAAGGGCGCUGUGACCAACAUGGUCAAGGGUCUUGCAGCCGAGUGGGCUCCUCACGGCAUCCGCGUAAACGCUCUCGAGCCUGGAUUCUGCGAGACCGAGCAGACCAGCGGAAUGGACGCCAAGAUCCGCGACUGGCAAGCUGCCAGCGUUCCUUUGCGCCGCUUCUCCAAGCCUCAGGAGCAGGGUGACGCUGCUCUUUGGCUGCUCAGUGACAAGGCCACUUACGUUACUGGCGCAGGCUACCUCGUCGAUGGAGGCUUCAGCGCUUACUAGGCGAUCAUUCGCGUCGCAAUAGCUCUCGCAUUGUAGUUGGCCGAUCAGUCUUCAUCCUAAAUGGCAAAAUCAGUAUGAAAUCAGUCAAUCACAAAUGAGCCGUCGCUCGCGUGGCCCCGCAGCGAGAAACAACACGCGCACGAUGUUGGCAUUGAAGUAGUGUUUCGUCGCAAGACGGACUUUGUCAUCAUCAUCUUGAAUAGAUGACCCCGUC